GUGCCCCAAACUGCGCAUUUACUAAUUCUGAGUCCAGCGCGUUUAUUUUCAACCCUGGCGGCUAUGCGAGUCUCGUGCCUCGUCGCCGACGCCGGCUCGCCCUCGAUCGCUCCUCCAGAUCUCCAGGUUUUAUAGAUCUCUCCGUUCAUCCGUCCGGCGAGAAUAUGGUGAGCCUCCGGUAAGGUUAUAGAAGAAAGCUAGUAAUUGAGAUGGGCACCUCUUCUGGUGCGAACCACCACCAUCCUCAGCAUCCCCACCAACCAUCAUUAGCUAUGCUACCGCCUCGUCAGCAUUUAAGGUCAACAGUGCUACAAGCAUCUCUCUCUCUGGCUUCAUCUGAUCCAGUGGCAUCACCUGACACCCUGGAGCCAGGAUCAAAUUCUGACCAAGUGCAAGACUCGCCUACUGAGAGUGCAAGUUCUCGUGAGACCUGGCCCGUUGAGACAAACCGUUCUGAUGCCAUGGCAGGGAAUAAAGUUGACAAGGAAAAGGAAGGAGAAAAUGAAGUGGCGGAACAACAGCAGGUUCAAAGGAUGGCAAAUGCAAAUAGAUUAUCUCUUCAUGAAGUUGCUCGUGACAGGAUUGAGGUUGUUGCCGAAAAAAUGAAAGGUAUGCCAGAUGAGCUUCUUGAGGAGCUUAAGAGUGAACUCCGGUUGAUCCUUGAGGGUGCAGGGGGGUCUCAUCAUAUAGAAGAGUUUCUGUAUCUCCAGAAGCUUGUCCAGGGUAGAGUUGACCUGAACGCCAAGUCCCUUGCUGCUACUCAUCACGCACAACUGGAAAUUCUUGUGGCAAUUAAUACAGGCAUUCAGGCUUUUUUGCAUCCAAGUGUCAGCCUACCACAGACUAGUCUCAUUGAAGUUUUCUUGUAUAAGAGGUGCAGGAACAUUGCUUGUCAAAAUGCUCUCCCUGCAGAUGAUUGUAGCUGUGAGAUAUGCACCAACCGGAAUGGUUUCUGCAACCUCUGUAUGUGUGUCAUUUGCAACAAGUUUGAUUUUGAGGUAAAUACAUGCCGUUGGAUUGGCUGUGAUACAUGCACUCAUUGGACCCACACAGAUUGUGCCAUGAGAGUCGGACAAAUUGGAACAGGUCAAUCUAUUAAGAGUGGAGGAGGCCAUACUGAGAUGCUUUUCAGGUGUCAAGCAUGCCACAGAACAUCUGAGUUGUUAGGGUGGGUUAAGGAUGUGUUCCAACAGUGCACUCCUGCAUGGGACCGAGAGGCCUUGAUACGAGAAAUAGACUUCGUCUGCAAGAUUUUUCACUUAAGUCAGGAUCCUAAAGGAAGGAAGCUGUCCCGGAAGUUUAGUGAGCUCAUAGAAAAACUGAAAAAUGGAACGCCUGAGUCCAUGGUUUGCAGAAUGCUCCUGCACUUUUUUCAAGAGCUAGACAUAGAUUCAAUAAAAAAUCCAGAGAAUGAAGAAGUUGGACGUCUGAUUUCUCCACAAGAGGCCUGCAAUAAAAUUGCCGAGGUUGUCCAGGAAGCUGUGAAAAAGAUGGAGAUGGUUGCUGAGGAAAAGAUGCGUAUGUUCAAGCGCGCUCGUCUAGCUCUUGAGAGCUGCGAUCGUGAGCUAGAGGACAAGGCUAGAGAAGUUCAAGAGCUAAAACUGGAGAGACAAAGGAAGAAGCAGCAGGUGGAGGAACUGGAGAGCAUAAUCAGGCUGAAGCAGGCAGAGGCUGAGAUGUUCCAGCUUAAAGCGACCGAGGCAAAGCAGGAAGCUGAGAGACUACAGAGCAUCGCAAUGUCCAAGUCAGAGAAGGCCGAGCAGGAUUAUGCAAGUAUGUACCUGAAACGUCGGCUAGAGGAAGCUGAAGCUGAAAAACAGUACAUCUACGAAAAGAUAAAGCAUCAAGAGAGCCAGAGGCCGCCACAGGGAAGCAGCAGUGGCGGUGGCGACCAGAUACUUAACAAAAUUCAGGACUUGCUGAAGAAUAUGUAUACUGUGACAGCAAAUACUGAUGGGCAACAAUCAAAAUGAUCCACUGCUGUCUGCCUACAACUUGUUCUAAUCCUAUAGUGUGAUGAAGGUAAAUCGACUAUAAAGAUGUUUUUAGCUUAUCAACGGGAUAUUAGUACCUCUCUUGGACUAAUCUUGUAAUGACUAAGGUAGAUUAUGUUUGUUCGGUGAAUGUAGUCUGUUCUAAAUAUUAAAUAUAAGAAACAUUAAUCUAAAA